CUCUGACCCAAUGGCUUCCACAUUACUGUUUGGACUCAUCAAGUUGAUAUAACGUUUGUAUCAUUGAUUCAAAGACAUUACUGCAAACACUUCUUGCCUUCAUUUCAAUGUACUCUAAUAGAUGAUCUGUAAUGCAUGAAGCGCAAAUGAGAAUACAUGUGUGCAUGUAAUUCUGUUUGGCUCCUGAUUUUUUUUACAACAUUCUACAUUCCAAAGGGAAGUCAAUUUAAAAGUAUUUCAACAAAGGAGGUAAAAGCAAUUGUCAGCAUUGAUCUGUUAUCAUCACAUUCAGAAACUAAUAAUUUCUUAAAACAAUGAAGAUGCUUAACUUCAUAUAUCUUUUGUUCUUAUUACCUGCAAGUCAACCAAGAUGCCUAAAUCUCUGUGAUUGUGAGCGGAAAGCUUUUGUUAUCAAUAUAGCAUGCAGGGAGCGUGAUCUGCAUGACAUUCCACAGGACCUCCCAUGCAAUCUUGGUUUGCUUGACUUAAGAAGAAACUUCAUUACUACCCUGAAGAAAGAGUCAUUCUCAUGCCAAAAUGAGUUGGCUGUGCUUCUCCUGUCCAACAACCAUCUCCGCAUCAUAGAGCAGAAAGUCUUUGAUGAUGCAGAAAAUCUGGUAUACAUAGACCUCAGCUCAAACUUUCUUGAGAGUUUACCAUACCUUGGUUCUUUACCUUACAUUCAUGAGAUAUCUAUCAUCCGGAAUUCUUUGACGGAUUGGAAUCAUCAGACACUCAGCAACAUAUCAGGACCACACCUUUCAUCUCUUCACCUGGCAUUCAACAAACUAAAGAAUCUACCGGAAUUUCCAGUUAACAUAUCUGCUCUAGAGCUAAAGGGAAAUGCAAUCACUGACCUGUCUAAAAAAAUGUUCAUAUAUCCAAGAACCGUAUCAUCUCUGGACAUUUCCUACAACAAUGUUGAGUACCUGUACAGACUGCAAACAAUGGAGAACCUGAAGACACUCUCUCUUGCAUUCAACCGAAUAAGAGAAAUUACAACCACUGUAUUCACUCACCUACCUUCGAUUGAAACAAUCAAUCUUCAAGGAAACAACAUCGUGGAUGUCUCUGCCAUCCAUGAUAUUCCACAUAUCAAGUCUAUCAUAUUAGACCACAAUCAAAUAAGAUCUAUAAGUGAUUAUUAUUUCAAUAUACCAACUAGUCUAAUCCUCUGCUACAACAAUAUGAUUGCAAUAAACAUAUUCCAAGGUAGAUAUCACUCAAACUUAAAAAUUCUCAAUGUUGAUGAUAAUAAUCUGCAAGUUCUUUCCCUCAUUUAUUUUCCUAAUUUAACUUCUAUAUAUGCCUCUUACAAUAAAAUUACAAUUUUGGAAUUUGGUAUUUGUAAUUAUCAACAUUUAGUAUACAUCAAUUUAUCUUGGAACCAAAUUACAAACAUUACAAACUUUCAAAACUUGACAAACGUACAAAGCUUGCACCUAUCGCACAAUUUCUUAACAAACUGGAGUGAUCAAAAUUUGUUAGGCUCAUCUCAGCUCGUUCUCCUCAGAGUUAACGACAACAGAUUGUCAUUGCUUUCAAAUUUCACAGCUUUACCAAGACUUGAAGAUCUAGAUUUGUCCAGCAACAUACUUCACACUAUAGAAAAUGCAUCCUUUCAAUUUCUACAAAGACUUGCCACUUUAAAUCUUGCUAAAAAUAAGAUUUCUCACCUUGGUUUUUUGAGGCCCAUUAUCUCACUUCAAAUGCUGAACCUUAAUUACAACAGACUUGUGGCAAUCGACCCUAAAGUGUUCUCAAAUCUUAUAAAUCUAAGAACUUUACACAUAGCAUUUAAUUUGUUAGUAGAGUAUCCUACAAUUACGAAAAGCUUGAACUCCCUUCGAAACCUUGACAUCAGUCAUAACCUAUUACCCAAUUUGAACCUCAACCAUGCCUUUAAUCAAAGCAUACCCGCUAAUAUCAAUGCAGCGGACAAUAGAAUCACCCAAGUCAUUUCAACUUCACACUCGUAUCUAAAUAUUAAUAACAAUGCAAUUGGAACUUCAAAUUCAAGUUUACUUUCAGCAAGCAAUGUCCUUGCAUGCAACAAUAAAUUGACAGAUUUCAAACAUGUUAGACUUUCAAGCACUUUGAAGGGACUUUAUCUAAACAAAAAUCAAAUAGCUACCAUACCAAAUUUCACAUUUGUUUUUGCAUCUUCACUCCUCUUUCUAGAAUUGGAUGAUAACAAGAUAGUUGAUAUAUCGCAUUUAGCUUUCAUUGGUCUUCAGUUUGUUGUCAGGAUAAAGCUAGAACGAAAUCAGUAUGGCCAGGCUGCGUGGUCACCGUAUAAGCUGGGUGAGCAGAGGCGGUUAGAAAGUGUUCAACGUAGAGCUACUAAAUUGAUCCCAGGUAUUAAGCACUUAUCAUACUCUGAACGUCUUCGCCUCCUGAAAUUGCCAUCACUCAGUCAUCGACGUAAAAGAGGUGACAUGAUUGAUGUGUACAAAUAUCUGCAUGGUUACUAUGAUUCAAGUUCUGAACUUUUCUAUCUGAGACAAGGUGGUAAAACGCGAGGUCAUUCCUUAAAGCUAGAGAAAAGAUAUUCGCGUCUUGAUGUGCGUAAGUUUUUCUUUGCUAACCGAGUGAUAGAUGUGUGGAACAGUCUCCCAGAAGAUGUAGUUACUGCUUGUUCAGUGAUUGCUUUUAAGAAUAGACUGGAUAAGCAUUGGGAGAAGAUUGCCUAUGACUUUGAGUAA